UUAAGUACUAAACCUAAAACUACUUUUGUUUUUAAUACUAGUAAUAUGCAGAAAUACGAGAAGCUUGAAAAGAUCGGGGAGGGAACUUAUGGGACUGUAUUUAAGGCGAAGAACCGGGAGACUCACGAAAUAGUCGCUUUGAAGAGAGUAAGGUUAGACGACGACGACGAAGGAGUUCCUUCGUCUGCUCUCCGCGAAAUUUGCCUACUCAAAGAACUCAAGCACAAAAAUAUAGUGCGUCUUUACGAUGUAUUACAUAGUGAUAAGAAACUCACCUUAGUGUUUGAACACUGUGAUCAAGAUUUAAAAAAAUACUUCGAUAGUUUAAACGGUGAUAUUGAUCUAGAUGUUGUAAAAUCCUUCAUGUACCAGCUGUUACGGGGAUUAGCCUUUUGCCACAGUCAUAAUGUCUUACACAGAGACUUAAAGCCUCAAAAUCUGCUGAUUAAUAAAAACGGUGAACUGAAACUAGCUGAUUUUGGACUGGCCAGAGCUUUCGGUAUACCUGUAAAGUGCUACUCUGCUGAAGUUGUUACUUUAUGGUACCGACCUCCUGAUGUUUUAUAUGGAGCGAAACUUUAUACAACAUCCAUUGAUAUGUGGUCUGCGGGGUGUAUCUUCGCAGAACUGGCGAAUGCUGGAAGACCGCUAUUUCCUGGGUCAGAUGUAGAUGACCAACUGCGCAGAAUAUUCAAGUUGCUUGGAACACCAACCGAAGAAACUUGGAGUGACAUGGCAUCAUUACCAGAUUAUAAGCCCUUUCCUGCAUAUCAGCCUAAUAUGAGUUUGUCUCAGGUAGUGCCUAAGUUAGGCAACAGAGGUAGAGAUCUGCUUCAACGAUUGUUAGUGUGUAAUCCCAUGGGUAGAAUGUCAGCUGAAGAUGCGAUGGCCCACCAGUAUUUUAGUGAUUUAAAUCCAGCCAUAAAGAACGAUAGAUGUUAAGAUUUAUAUUUUCUUACGAUUCAUAAUGGUAGGUAGACUUCAUGAAAUUUGUCCGGCAUAAGUAUCUCAUUCUACAAAGUAAUGUAUAAGUAUAUAUAUUUAUUUUUUAAAUAGGUAAUCAAUUUAAUUUAGUUUUAUCUUCGUAAUUAUCAGGUAAGGGAACAUAUUGAGUUAAGUGGUAAAGGCUGAUUUGCUGAUGUCUUGAAAUUGUUAUAUUAAUUUUGGUUUUAAUUAGAAGUUAAAUGUUAAAAAAUAUAUAUUUUUUAUUUUAUGUAU